GGAUCCGCCGAUGUCACUGAAGGGGUGUGGUCACCGCGAGAGGUCCGUUUGCCGCGAGGGUCCCUUACCGCCGGCUCGUGCAGACCUGUCAGAGAUGUUUUCAAUUGAAGAAGCACAGUGGAAUUGUGUAUGCAGCUGCCGGAUGAAAUAACUCCAGUGUAAACCAGAGAAAUUGUUAAGUUAUUCAAAGAACUACAUAGAUCCUGAAUUAACUGAUUUACAUGUCAAUUUUCAACUGUUUCAUUGUUAUUUAAAAACAUGUCACAACAAAAAGGUGUGGCAUCUCAAAAUGUGGAUGUAAAACCUAAGGUCAACCAAGUGAAAAAUGUUGAUCAUAGGGAUGGUUAUACAUGGAGUGGGAAGAAGCGUUCACGAUCUUCCAAAAUGGAGAUUACUUUGAAUGGACAGUUGGGGGCUGUUGCUGGGAUAUCAUCAACUGCUUCAAGAAGGGAGAGAAAAUUGACCUCUCUUGGACAGGUGUCAGAUCUUGAAGAUUCAUGUUCACGCAAGCUGUCUACUCGAUCGCUGAAGCAAAAGAUUCAGGAUGCAGUAGCUCAUUGUUUUCCUCUUAAAGUCCAUAACCAUAAAAACUCUGCUUUAGAUUCAAAAAGUAAAAUUCACAUUAGUGAUCUGCUGGUUGAUAAUUGUCCAUUUCCUAAUGGUUCUGACCUGGCUCAAAAAUGGCAUUUGAUUGAUUGGCACACAAUUCCAUUGACUCAAAGCUGUGGAAUCUGGGAAGGCUCUGAGGUGGGAUUUGACGAACAUGAGUUAGAAGAAGGAUCCAGAAUGAGCAUUGAACUAGAGGCAGAACCUCUAGAUGCACAAAUUCUCUCAUUUGAAGUGAUUUCUCAGAUAAAUACUUUGCAUAAACAGAACUUUGAAGUGGAGCAAGGAGCAAAUGAUUUAGCAUGUGAUAAUAACACAACAUUUUGUUUGAAUGAUUCAGACUCUGAAGAGGAGCUGAUGGCUGUUUUCACAGAUUCUGAAAAUCAGAAUAAUUUCAAACUGAAUUUUGAGAAUAAUUGUAGUUGGCUAGCACCCUUUUACAAAUAUCAUACCGAAUUUGGUUAUAUCUACCGAUUAGUUCCAGAUCUGUUUUGGAUCAUUAAUAAUCCAUGUUACUGGGGUGUAAUGGAUAGGUAUGGAGCUGAGGCUCUAUUAGAAGGCAAACCAGAAGGUACAUAUUUGCUCAGAGACUCUGCUCAGGAGGAUUAUCUCUUCUCUGUCAGUUUUAGACGUUACAGUCGCUCUCUCCAUGCUAGAAUUGAACAAUGGAAUCAUAACUUCAGCUUUGAUGCCCACGAUCCCUGUGUUUUUCAUGCACCAAGUGUAACUGGCCUUCUGGAACAUUAUCGGGACCCAAAUUCUUGUAUGUUUUUUGAACCAUUGUUGUCACUUCCAUUGAACAGGACUUUUCCAUUUUCACUUCAACGCCUUUGCAGAGCUGUAAUUUGCAGCUCUACAACCUAUGAAGGAAUUGAUGCUCUUCCUGUGCCACCACCUUUGAAAGCUUACUUGAAGGAAUACCAUUACAAACAAAAAAUAAGAGUGCUGAAGAUUAGCACACAACAAUGGUGUAAUGGACUGAAAGACAAUCAGUAAGUUUAAGAGCUGCAAGGAAAGUUUAAGACCACCAGGAACAUUUCAAUAUCAUAGAGCAGGUUGAGUAUUUGUCUUAAAAAGACAUUUUCUCUCUCAAUGUUUUGUAAUGCUAUAGUUUUUUGUUUGAAGUCUGCUAACUUUCAAACAUUAUCAUCGACUUUAUUCGGGUAUUCCGGAUUAAUUUUCUUCCUUAUAUUCUUCAGUGUAAUCAAACCAAUACACAUUUUCCAAUGGGAUAAAUCAUUUGCGCAUCUUAUCUGUAGGUUGUGACACUUAUUUGCCUACAAAGCACUCUUACAUUGUGUUGAGAUGGAUUUUAAAGACUGAGUUCAGUUCUGAAGCCAAGAUCUUCAAUGUAAAACAUACCAGUCUUGAAAAUUUUUCACACGUAUAUUGCAAUUUUAUUUGCACUUUUUGUACACUUUUAGAGAUGUUU